AUGAACACGGUCCGGUCUUUCUGGCUUGGCUGGGGCUCCCUGUGUGUCGCCGGCGCUGGAGCCUAUUACUUUGCCAAGCGAGAGAUCAACGCCGACCGCCAGGCCAAGCUUGAGCAAGCUCGCAAGAAGAGCGACAACAUCCGGUCGCUCGAGUACGCAGCCGCCGAUCCCGGCGCCUCGUCUGGUACGAGCAAUGGCGGUCCCGCGCGGACUGAUAGUGCAGCCACCGAGUCGCAACGCGUGACGGAGAAGAGCAAAUACGAGAGCAACGCACCCUACCGCAGCCCCAAAGGCGAUCGGUUCUCGUAG